UAGCAGCUGAUUGUGAAAAAUCCUGUCGUGUCGGCAACAAGAUCAGCGAGAUGCUGUCAUUUAGUUGGGUUUAGUAUCCUCGUUUCAUUGAAAUUUGUGCUGAAUCUAAAAGAAGAAUAACAAAUCAAUGUGGAUAUUUUAUUUGCUCCAAGAUCAGUUUCAGUAGAAACAAAGAUGAGUGCGAUCGAGAUUCCUCCGAUUAUGAAACUUGUGCUUUGGUUUGGCCUCUACUGCUCCGGCGCAUUAGUUUUGGUUGCCUUCCUACUCUUCAUUCUGCUGAAAAAGAGAUUCAACCGAGCGAGGAAGCGUCACAGGGAAGCAGCUGGAACGACGACUGUCGCUUUCUUCCACCCUUACUGCGACGCUGGGGGUGGCGGCGAAAGAGUCCUUUGGUGUGCCAUUCGAGCUCUGCAAACCAAAUUUCCAAAUGUGAAGUAUGUAAUUUACACCGGAGACAUCGAGUCAUCUCCGGAGGAAAUUCUCCGCAAAGCCCACAAGAGAUUCAACAUUGAAGUUCCUGGCGAGGUCAAUUUCGUCUACCUGCACAGACGCCCUUGGGUCGAGGCUUCCAGAUGGCCUCACUUCACCAUGUUGGGCCAAAGUCUCGGCUCGAUGUGGCUUUCGAUCGAGGCCCUCGACUCAAUUGUUCCUGACUUGUGUAUUGACACCAUGGGCUACGCGUUUGGACUGUCACUUUUCCAUCACCUAGGUGGCUGCAAGACCGCCUGUUACGUCCACUACCCCACGAUCACUCCGGACAUGCUGCAGUACGUCUCGAACAAGCACAGAGGCUCUCUGAAGGCAAUCGUCAAGCUUCGUUACUACAGAUUCUUUGCCUAUCUCUACGCCAAAGCAGGCUCGACCUGUGACUUGGUCAUGGCCAACUCUUCGUGGACUCAAGACAGACUUGAUCAGGUCUGGAAGCGCCCUUUGGAUACUCACAGGGUUUACCCGCCAUGUGAAGUGUCGGAUCUCUUGGCCAUUCCUCGUUCUCCGGAACUUGAUGCUAAACAAGAGGGCUUCAGAAUCCUCUCAGUUGCUCAAUUUCGACCCGAAAAGGAUCACCCUAUGCAGCUGCGUUCCCUUUAUGCUCUAAGGGAACUUCUUCACGGCGAAGGUCCGUGGGAGAAAGUGAAAUUGGUGUUUGCCGGUUCUUGCCGAAACGAAGAAGAUCACCAAAGAGUGAAAGACCUGACUAAUUUGGCCAAACACCUUGCUCUGGACGAAUUUGUCGAAUUCAAGAUAAACUUGAGCCACGAGGAUCUCAUGGAUGAGUUCAAGAGGGCAAAGGUCGGCUUGCAUGCAAUGUGGAAUGAGCACUUUGGAAUUGGCGUGGUCGAGUGCAUGGCAGCGGGUUUGUUGACUGUGGCGCACGGCUCGGGAGGGCCUUUGAUGGACAUCAUCGAAACUGCCGAGGGAAGCAGAACCGGAUGGUUGGCAACGGACGAGCUCGAAUACGCCAGAAUUUUGUACACCAUCAUCAUGCUCUCGAACAAGCAAAAGUCCAUCGUUCGAACUGCUGCUAGGUCAUCUGUGCGCCGUUUCUCCACUGAAGAGUUCAACAAAGGUUUCCUAAAUGCAGUUUCAUCCCUGAUUUCGAAUCUGUAAUAAAUUUUUAAAAAUUGACAUUGAUGCAAGUGAAUGCAUUGUUUUGAGAAUCUCCUUAGUGUGUUGUGGAAUAAAAUUAAGAAUAGGCACAAAAUCAAAAGCACUUUCGGUCUCUUAGAGAGAAAAGUCUGACGGGGUGCGCUGCACUCGUUUGGGAUUUCCAAGGGCAUUGCAUGCUUUGGAAAGGGCAUAUGCCACCUGGAAACCCCACACCGCACAGCGCAUUUCCUGCAGAAGUAACCCGAGCUGAAAUUAAUUACGAGAGAGUGCAACUGAAGUUCACACUCGACGGAUUAGUAAUUUAUACGAAAAAAAGUGCAACAGUUGCCCUUUCCGAGGCAAAAUGUUAUGAUUUAAUGUGAUGACCCUGCCGAUGAGAUGCACAUACAAAGUGUGCGCUGCUUUAAGCUUAUCUCGCGCGUUUUAUAGUAGGCCACUGGGGUGCACUCUCUGUUUGUAAAUCAACGCGCUAGUUAGUAAAAUUUACAUACAUGGGCAGAGCGCACUUUGCGCUCUGCGAUCUGCGCUCGCGCUCUGCGCUCAUGAGCGCGAGCGCAGAGCGCGAUCGCACGAUUUUCAAAAUCGUGAGCGCGAGCGCAGAGCGCGAGCGCAUUGGUCGCUGAGCGCAGCGCUCAAUUGCGCUCAUUUUGCGCUCAAACCAAAAGUAAAAAUUCCCGAAUUUGAUCAAAAAUUGUAACGAAAAACAGUGUUUUUAUACCAAAAACUAAAAAACUGAUCCCAAUUUUGGUAAUUUAACUUCAACUUUAUCUUUUCCAAUUGCCGAUGUAUUUUUUGUUAUAUUAAAAAAUUGUCUAAAAAGUCGCACUUUUUCUUCGGAUAAAAAUAUUUUUGAGCGCAACGCGUGAGCGCAAGACUUUUAAAAAAUUUGAGCGCGAGCGCAGAGCGCGAGCGCAACAUUUUCAAAAUCUUGAUCGCGAGCGCAGAGCGCGAGCGCACUGUUGCCAGUGAUCGCGAGCGCGAGCGCGAGCGCAAAAUUGUUGAGCGCACCCAUGUAUGAAAAUUUAUAAAGAUUAUGAUGCACUAAGCUUCCUUAAUAUUUUUGACUUGUUUAUCUAUGACUAAACUGCUGAUGGUUGAAUGUCCCUUUGAAAUGUUUACUAUAACUUUUGAGAACAGUGAGGCCAAAAAUGCCGGCAGCAGUUGUUUUUCUUAAAAAGUCAGUUAUUGAUGAACAUUAAAAUUAAAAUAUUCCGUUUGUUGACAAAUUAUUAGUAUGAUCUAGAAACAUAGAUAGUAAAUUUUACCAGGAGCUGUACCAUUACCAAUUGUUAUUAAUAAAUUUGAGGAUGUAGA